GGGAUGGAGGACAGGCCUGUGCAAGUACCAAGACCUUAUGAGUGAACAUUAAUGGUGGCAGGUGGCUGCGGGUGUCAUGCUCCAGAACAUUCCUCAGGGCAGCUUAUUGCAGGGUAGGUCAGCUCGGGCAGUGCCCACACCAGGACUCCAGCUAAGGAGCUGCCAGCACCUCAGUGUUGUCCACUCACUACUGAGCACUAGCGAAGCUGAACCUAGCCAGGUUUCCAGAAGACCCCACCCCCACCAUAGGAACAGGGUGAUUGGCAGCUCCGGAGGCACAGCAGAGCUCUGCUGAAGGGACUGGGUGAGAAUGAGGGUGCCUAACAUCCUUUCCAAAGGCUGUGCCAGGACUGGGGAUGGGUGAAGGGCUUCGUAGGCUGCCCACUCAGGCUUUCUGGUGAGCCUGUCCCCAGCCUCAAGUAGCCCUCAUCAGGGGACCAGCAUUGUAAGCUGUGGAUACCACUUGACCCUCUGGGGUCAGUAGUGACACUGGGGAGGCCCGAGUGAGUGCCUGUCCUGUAGGGAAGUGGGACUAAAAUUGUGACCCAGGAAUUCAGGCUGGGAACUGGAAGUAGAUGGCCCUGGGCAUACCUGGGGAAGUGAUGGCCCAGACCUGGAGGGAGGCACCAGCAAUGUAAAGGGAGCAAAGUGGUACAGGGGAUGUACAGAGUACGGUGGGAGCCCAAAGGAGAGGCUCCCAGGGGACACAGCCUCUCUGCUGAGACCUGAAGGAUGAGGAGGAGUAGGCUGGUCAUUAGGACUUGGGAUCAAAGGAAAGAAUGUUCCAGGUAGAGAACAGCAUCUGCAGAAGCGUGGAGGUGAGAGACACCUGGUGCCCGUGAGUACCCCCUGGACAUUCCGAUGACUUAGGUAGAGUGUGGGUGCGUGGAGGUGAAUGUGGGGUAGGCACAAGAGGAAACAGGAAGGGAGCCAAGGCCACUAAGGGUUUGACUGUCGGUCAAGGGGUUGCUAUGCGAUCUGGCUGGGUGGCGUGAUUUGUGAAAUGUCCAUGUUUGUAUGUAUCUAGGAGCACAUGCCUCCCUGUGUGUCCCUUGCAUAUCCUUGGGCACAUGUGCAGGCUGCAGGAGUAACGUCCCGCUUGUCCCAGCCCAGAGGAAGCUCCUCGCAUAUGCCCUAACACCCCACUAGGCCUCCAGGUGCUGGAAUUCGGGUGUUCAGAGCAGAGGCUACUCAAGGCCACAGAGUGACGAAUGCCUAGCUAUCUGACUUGUCCACCCACAGGUCCAUGCUGGCAGCAAGGCUGCACUGGCUGCCCUGUGCCCUGGGGACCUGAUUCAGGCCAUCAAUGGUGAGAGUACAGAGCUCAUGACACACCUGGAGGCGCAGAACCGCAUCAAGGGCUGCCACGACCACCUCACGCUCUCCGUGAGCAGGCCUGAAGGCAGGAGCUGGCCCAGUGCCCCAGAGGAUAGCAAGGCUCAGGCACACAGGAUCCACAUCGAUCCCGAGACCCAGGAUGGCAGUCCAGUGACCAGCAGGCGGCCCUCAGCCACAGGGAUUGGUCCAGAAGAUGGCAGGCCAGACCUGGGAUCUCCUUAUGGGCAGUCACCUCUCCUCUCAGUCCCUCACAAUGGCAACAGCAGUGAGGCCACCUUACUGGCCCAGAUGAGCACCAUGCAUGUGUCUCCACCCCACAGCACUGACCCAGGCAGAGGCCUCCCGCGGAGCCGUGACUGCGGAGCCCACAGGGGUUCCGAGGUGUACCGGAUGCUGCAGGAGCCUGCCGAGCCCCUCGCGCCCGCGGAGCCCAAGCAGUCAGGUUCCUUCCGCUACCUGCAGGGCAUGCUGGAGGCUGGCGAGGGCGGGGAGCGGCAGGGACCUGGCAGCCCCCGGAACCUGAAGCCCACGGCCGGCAAGCUGGGAGCCCCACUGAGCGGCCUGCAGGGGCUGCCGGAGUGCACACGCUGCGGCCACGGCAUCGUGGGUACCAUCGUCAAGGCGCGGGACAAGCUGUACCACCCCGAGUGCUUCAUGUGCAGCGACUGCGGCCUGAACCUCAAGCAGCGCGGUUACUUCUUUCUGGAUGAGCGGCUGUACUGCGAGAACCACGCCAAGGCGCGCGUCAAGCCUCCGGAGGGCUAUGACGUGGUGGCAGUGUACCCCAAUGCCAAGGUGGAACUCGUCUGAGCCGCUCCUGUAACCCCACCCCCCACCUCUGCUUCUUUUAAUGCCCCGUGCGGCCCGUGUAAAUAUGCGUCUGCCCCUGCCUCUCUAAUAAACUCUCUCUGCUGGGCCUCGACCAUG